UGUUUUGAAUGGAGGACUUCCACAUCUGUCCAGUGACUAACUACUACAAGAAGUACCUGCUCCCGGUGUCCUACAGCCUGGUGUUCGUGCUGGGCCUGGCCCUGAACGCGGCCCUGCUGUGGUGUGUGUGCUGCCGGACGCGCCGCUGGAGCAGCACGGUGAUCUACCUGACCAACCUGGCCGUGGCGGACCUGCUCUACGUGCUGGCUCUGCCUCCUCUCAUCAUCAGCAACGCCAUGGGCAGCCUGUGGCCCUUCGGCAACAUCAUCUGCAAAAGCGUCAGGUUUUUCUUCUUCGUCAACCUCCACUGCAGCAUGAUGUUCCUGACCUGUGUGAGCGUGCACCGGUUCCUCGGGGUGUGCUUCCCCAUCGCCGCGGUGCGCCUCCGGACCAGAAGACUGGCCCUGUUCGCCUCAGGCUCGGUCUGGAUCCUGGCCACUGCGGAGAUUCUACCCACACUUGUUUUUGCGCACACUGGUGUGAUCAACAACAUGACUGUGUGUUUUGAGAUGACUAACCCGGGCCAGUUCAGAGUCUACUUCCCCUACGGGCUGUUUCUAGCCAUCGUGGGCUUCCUGAUCCCGUUCCUGGUGGUGAUCACCUGCUACUGCUCCAUGAUCUCAGCGCUCUACUGCAGGGCCGCAGACAGCAUCUCCACCGGGAGGACAGCUCGGAUGCGCAACAAGUCUCUCUACACCCUGUUGGUGGUGCUUCUCAUGUUCGUGGUGUGUUUUGUGCCUUAUCACAUCGCGCGGACCGUCUACCUGUUCGUGAGGGUCUACAUGCCCGCAGACUGUCACCUGCUCAACGUGGUCAUGAUCUCCUUUAAGGUGUGGAAACCUGUGGUCAGCUUCAACUGCUGCGCUAAUCCUCUCCUCUACUUUCUGGGCUGCAACCGGCACCGGCAGCAGCUGCGGGCCUGGCUGUGGAGGAGGAGGAAGAGGGUGCAGCCCACCGUGUCUGUGGUGGACGCAGGGAGCACCAACAGGUCCGGAGGGUAG